UGGGUGCUCUGGCUCUGGGGGCCAGUGGGCUUAAUGACCUGAACUGGGGAUGGUCCUGUGAUAUGUGAUACUUUACACAGACAGCAAAGGCUCACUCACACACCCAGUCACACACACACACACACACACACACACACAAUGACACACACACAGAGGAUCCCAGGAUAGCAGGAAGCAGAGAGCAGAGCUGGCAAGAGGAAUGAAUCUGCCUUUAACAUACAGCUCACACACAGCUCCUGCCUGCAUCCCCCAAACCCUGGGCUCUGCCUGCCCCCCUGGACCCUGGGCUCUGCCUACCCCCACCCACUGGACCCUGGGCUCUGCCUGUCCCUGUAACAUUGGAUUUGCCUGCCCCCUGUGACCUGGGUGCCUAUGCCCCAUCUCCAGCAGGAAGACAAGGAGGAGGAGAGGAAAAAAAAUUCGAAAAGUGAGCUGAAAUGUCUGGGAAUCAACUCUGCAGCAAAUCUGCCAGGAGAACCUCUCUGCCCUGCAUUCCCAGAGACCAGCUAUUGGGCCAUACAGAAUGGGACCACAAGCGAGCAUCGAGGGGCUCUCAGUCCUCAGGUACCAGUAUCACGGUGGACAUCGCGGUCAUGGGAGAAGCUCAUGGUCUUAUUACAGACAUCCUUGCCGACCCUUCUUUACCCCCACACGUGUGCAACUCACUACGGGCAGUCAGUAACCUACUGAGCACCCAGAUUAACUUCCAACCCAUCCACAAACCCCGACUGAAUCCACUGCUCUCCUGCAACGAGAAUUACACGUGUUCUGAUUCAGAGGAAGGCUCUGAAAAGGGGGAGAAAAUGACCAUACCAAAGCGAUUAAGAAGAAGUCUUCCCCCUGGAUUAUUAAGAAGGGUCUCAUCCACAUGGACGACAACUACAUCGGCCACGGGUUUACCAACUCUAGAACCUGCGCCUGUCAGAAGAGGAAGCAUCAAACCCUUAGAAUCAUCUUCAUCCCGCAGUAACCCGGACUCGUGGAACACUUCUCUCUUGGGGAAUAUGAGCAAAAGUCGGACUUUCUCUACAACCUUUGUUGUACCAAACGCAAAUCAUCUGAAUUCUAAAAGGAGGCAGGGAAUCCCCCCAAAUAUUUCCCCCCUCGGCUCUCCAUGCCACUCGCCUAUUCAUGGAACGCCAGCCCCAAGCCCCACCACCAAGACUCUGCCGGUCCCCUUCUCAGACUCUGCCGAUGUUAGCAGGUUAGGGCUGAACCCCCAUAAAACAUUAACAAGCACAAGGAGCGCCCCUGAAAUCCCAGAGCCAUGCUUGGCACCACCCUUCAUCUGUAGCAGCUGUGGAAAACCAUUCAACCAGGAAAAUCCAGAUGAAAGUGUGACAGACACAAAUGAAGAAGAGUCAGUUCCGCAGACCAGAGCAGAUGAACCUGCACCUCCCACAUCAGACUAUGACAGCACACAUGAAACCAAUCACAGUGACAGCAGUGACAUUGUACAGAAUGACGAUGAUACAGAUUGCACAAAAGAUCUGACCCCGUCCAGGAAAGACUCUGUGAGUCGCCCGUAUCGACCAGAUCCCAUCGUUCUGCACCCAUUAAUACCAUCGGAGGAAAAGCCGAUUCUUGCCCCAGAACCGCUAGUCAUGGAAAAUGUCGAAACUCUAAUGGGACAAAUAAACAACUGGAAUUUUCCCAUAUUUGACUUGGUUGAAAAAACAGGACAGACAUGUGGCCGAAUCCUCAGCCAGAUGUCAUAUCGGCUUUUUGAAGACAUGGGUUUUCUAGAGACAUUUAAAAUUCCAUUAAGAGAAUUCAUGAAUUAUUUCCACGCCUUAGAGAAUGGUUACAGAGAUAUACCCUAUCAUAACCGGAUUCACGCCACCGAUGUUCUCCACGCUGUGUGGUAUCUAAGUACUCAGGCCAUUCCAGGACUCCAGAAUAUCUCCAGCGACCAGGGCUCUGCCAGCGACUCAGAUUCUGACAGUGGAAUCACCCAUGCACAUAUGGGAUACAUGUUUUCCAAGACGUUGAACGCCUCCGAUGAUAAAUACGGAUGUCUGUCAGGGAAUAUUCCAUCGCUGGAGCUGAUGGCGUUGUAUGUCGCAGCAGCAAUGCAUGACUAUGAUCACCCAGGAAGAACCAACGCAUUUCUUGUUGCAACAAGCGCACCCCAGGCAGUUUUAUAUAACGACCGGUCUGUGUUGGAGAAUCACCACGCUGCUGCUGCUUGGAACCUUUUCCUGUCACGACCAGAAUACAAUUUUUUAGUGAAUUUGGAUCACAUGGAAUUCAAGAGGUUCCGCUUUCUUGUUAUUGAAGCCAUUCUGGCCACUGACCUUAAGAAGCACUUUGAUUUUUUGGCUGAAUUCAAUGCAAAGGUAAACGAGGACGUGGGGCCAGGAAUCGAUUGGUCGAAUGAGAAUGACCGAUUGUUGGUUUGCCAGAUGUGUAUUAAGCUUGCAGACAUUAACGGGCCUGCCAAAUGCAAAGACUUACAUUUAAAAUGGACUGAAGGCAUUGUGAACGAGUUCUAUGAACAGGGUGAUGAAGAAGCCAUCCUCGGCCUUCCGAUCAGUCCAUUUAUGGAUCGGUCGGCCCCACAGCUUGCCAAACUCCAGGAGUCGUUUAUAACUCACAUUGUGGGGCCCUUGUGUAAUUCAUAUGACUCGGCAGGACUGAUGCCAGGAAAGUGGUUAGAAGAAAGUGAUGGUUCGGGAGAUUCCGAUGAAAUAGAUGAUGGAGACACAACGGAGGAGGAAACUUCUGAACCCGCCGAGUCUUUAACAAGUAUGUCAUCUCAGAUCUUCUGUUGUUUCACAGAUGCCUUUUGGGGGAUAAGUUCGGGGAAGGAAAAGAAAAAAUGUAAAAGAAAAGUCUACUGUCAGAUAAUGCACCAUUUAAUGGAAAACCACAAAAUGUGGAAGAAAGUUAUGGAGGAAGAGCAAAGGUCAGAAACCGGGGAAAAUGAAGGCUCCACCUUGACUCAGACCUCAGAACAAAUCCAAGCUAUCAGGGAAGAGGAGGAAGAGAAGGUGCACUCUAAGCAGGAGAGCACGGACGCAUAGCCCAAUGAAUGAGCAGUAUGUGGACUCUCUCCGUCUGCUUGACAAACUUCUCCCAAGCCAGCACAACACUUAAACACAACACUGUAGAAAUUAUGACAAUGAUGUGCCUACGGAGCGGUUUAUUAAUUUGUGUGAAGUACAGUUGGGGUACUCAGCAAGCACUCAUGCUCAACGAAGCACCAACGAAGCUGUCCCGUUGGCCUUUCUAAAGACUUGUCAUGUAGACCCCUAGACAGGCCGCAUUACGGGCCCUCUAAUGCAGCAGGAACAUGCAAUACAGUACACGUGUAUCGGUCACUGUGACAAUCGAGGAUGUGGAGAGGAUAAGCACAUAUUUUGUUAGCUGCGAGGUACCGAUUAAGAGGCAUUUCCUCCCAGUUCCGAGGGAUAAACGUUCCAAAGCUUUAUCAGAAUUCUGAUACAUCCUGCCAUCAUUUCUGUGUGAUAUAUUAUUGCAGUUUGAGUUCUUAAUAAAAAGCUGUAGCAAGUCACAAGUUACAUGUGAACAAACAUUAUAGGGCAGGGUUUUAUGUUUCAUUUCUACGUUGUUCAUGCUGUGAGCCAAAACUCUAUUUAAAGAUUGCUAUUCACAAUUCAUUAUUUUAUUUCACAAUAUUAUAUUUGGUAUGGAUCGUUAUCGUGUUGUAAAUAAUCGAGAAAUUUUUAUUGGUUACUGUAGAUAGGAUGCUCUUUUUUUAAAGAAACCUUUUUUUGUAAAUGAUUUUUUUUUUUCAAAAAUCACAGUUUUAUUAUAGUCCUGUAGAAUUUCCACAAUGUCCAAGCAGGGAGACAUGUCUACAUGAGCACCGUAUGAUACAUUUUAAUAUGAUUGACAUGUAACCAGUUACCCAAAUUAUUAAGGAUUUUGCCUAUUUACGCAGCUGGUUUCCAGGUUUGAGUUGUAGAAAGAAAAUUGGAUUAAAGUGGUUCUGGCCCACUGAAAACAGAGACAUUAAUCUCUGAGUUCUGCUCAGGUUAUAUGAGAUAAUAUGUUUAGAGAAGGCUAGCAUUGGAGACUUUUACUUGUAUUGCCUACAAUGUCUGCAUGGUAUAACAGACACGUGGAAUCCAUUCGUUUAUCCUUGUCUGUGCCUUUUAUGGUCAGUUACAAAGACCUGAAUACUAGCUGCGUUCUGAUUGGAUGACAACACCAAGCCACCAAACAGAAUACAGAUUUUAUUUCAAAAGCAUAAGGUAUUCUCUUUCACUUUUUAGCAAAUGUAAGAGUUUUUGUAAUUGCAAGUUGCAAGACUUUUACUCUGUGAG